CGAAGGUGCACAAACUUCCCUGCAACUUGCCGUUUUGAAGGUCAAAAUCGCGUUUUCCUUAAAAAUAAAUUAUGGACGAUCGAACGAUAGAUCUAAUUUUCGCCGGUUCGCUGGAGAGCCUACCGCCGGUCAGUUCGAAAAUUGUUAGAAUAUUUACCAGCUCUACUUUCACCGACACAACAAUGGAAAGAAACACACUAAUGGCAAAGUGUUACCCAAAAAUUAAAGACUAUUGCAGAGAGAAGCACGGUCUUGAAUUUCAGGUUGUAGAUAUGAGAUGGGGAGUGAGGGAUGAAGCCACAGACGACCACAUGACCACCGAAUUGUGCAUGAAAGAAAUCCAAAAUUGCCAGAGAUUGUCCAUGGGGCCCAAUUUCGUGGUAUUUUUGGGUCAGAAAUACGGCUACAGGCCGAUACCUACGUACGUCCUGACAUCGGAAUUGCUGUUAAUUCGCGAGGAAUUGGCCUCCACCGGCCAAGAUCCCACGUUGUUUGAUAUUUGGUACAAGAAAGACGCGAACGCCGUGCCUCCCGUGUCCGUUUUACAACCAAUUUCAUCAAUAUUAGUGAAUUUUAACAACAAGAGAGUGCCGAAAUUACAAGCAGAAGACCAAGCGAAAUGGUGGGACACGCUUGGUAAAUUUCAAAAAUUGUUUAGAAAAGCGGCUGCUGCCUUGAACCAACAAGGAAAACUCGACAACGAUGCUACACAUAAUUACUUUAUGUCCGUGACGGAACGAGAAGUGAUCAACGGGAUUCUUAACGUUAAAAACACCAAAAACCACUGCUUGGCCUACAUAAGAUACAUAAACAACAUCAAUUUGCAGAAUUUAAAGAAAGCCUCACUAUUCGUCGAUAUCAUCAACAGAACGUUAGACACGGAAUCGUCCAAGUUACUGGCCAAUUUAAGAGACGAAAGAUUACCGGCUAAAAUCGAAACCAGUAAUUUCCAAAAAUACAACGUGGAAUGGAUAGGCAGAGAGGGAUUAGAUCCCGAAACGCACGAAGAAUAUUUGAAACAUUUUAUUACGCAUUUUUAUAAAAAUAUCGUAAAAUUAGUCGAUAGAGCCAUGCGAAAGGAGGAUUCCAGCGCUCAAGGGCAAAUCGUCACUGAAAUAUUGCAACACUUGCACGCCUGCAACAAUUCUGUACAGGUUUUUUACGGGAGAGAAGACAGCUUGGAGCGUAUACGCGGGUACAUGCUAGACGACAACGAAAAAUGCUUGAUACUAUACGGCGAAGGAGGUUGCGGUAAAACCUCCUUGCUGGCCAAAUCGGCCAGUUUAUCGACGAACAAAGAUUGGUUCGAGGGCGCUAAACCGAUCAGCAUAGUCCGAUUUCUGGGCACCACUCCCGACUCGUCGGCUCUAACUCCCACGCUGAUAUCCAUUUGCCAGCAGAUUUCUUACAAUUUCAUGCUGCCGUUCGAGAGCAUACCGGACGAUUUGGUGCCGUUGACCGCCCAUUUCAAGCAACUGCUGACUCUGGCUUCGAAAGAACAACCGCUCCUGCUGUUUCUGGACUCUGUGGAUCAGUUGACGGGAACGGCUGACGCCAAUAAAGUAUCCUGGUUGCCCACCAGGCUUCCCGCCCAUUGCAAGAUAAUAGUUUCUUGCGCUUGCGAGGAGAGCAAUCCCGAAGUGUCGAAGGAAUAUCACAUACUGAGAAGAAUGAUUGACGCCGAAGAUAGUUUCAUUGAAGUGAGGGCUUUGGGAGAGGAACUGGCCAUGAAAGUAAUCAAGAUGUGGAUGCAAACGGCUCACAGGGACCUGACGAAUUACCAGUGGCGACUGGUUUCCAACGCCAUAGAGAAAUGCAGCCUACCCAUUUUCGUGAAACUGGUUUUCGCCGAAAUAUGCAGGUGGAGGAGCUACACUAAAUCCCAGGAUACGCAUUUGGCUUCGAACGUAAUGGAUUCGAUCAUGAUGCUCUUCGAGAGAAUCGAAAAACAACACGGUCGAAUUUUGGUGUUCCACGGUCUCGCCUACAUAACAGCAGCGAAAAGCGGUCUGUCGGAAUCCGAAUUGGAAGAUUUGAUUUCCUUGGACGAUAAAGUACUGGACGACGUCUAUCAGUACCACUUGCCGCCCGUGCGGCGGAUACCGCCCUUGUUGUGGACGAGAAUCAGGAACGACCUGCCCAAUUAUUUAUCCGAAAGGGAAGCCGACGGGGUGAGCGUCAUGAACUGGUACCACCGGCAAUUCCGGGACACGGCCAAGGAGAGGUACUUCAAAAACAUGAACUUGGCGUACUAUUUUCAUUCGAUGAUAGCCGAUUAUUUUCUCGGUAUAUGGGGCGGAGGUAUCCCGAAGCCGUUUAAAUACACUGAAAUUCAACGUCACAGGUUCAAUUUAACAGAUAAAGAGGGAGUGGCCGACCGCAAAGUACCCAUUCAACCUUUGGUGUUCUAUUCCAAGGACGGAAAAGUAUCCAGGUACAAUUUGAGAAAGUUCGGAGAAAUGCCUUAUCACCUGGUGAGGUCUAGACGCUUCAAGGAUCUGUACGAUAACGUCCUCUUCAAUUACGAAUGGCUGCACGCCAAAUUAUCCAGUUGCCCUCUUCAAGCGGUUCUGGUCGAUUACGAAGAUGCCUGUGCCUUUAUCGAAGACAACGAAUCGAAAAGGGAGCUGAUGUUGGUGGCCGAUGCCCUAAGAUUAGGGGGCGCUGUCUUGGGACAAUACCCUAACAUGUUGGCCCCGCAACUGAUAGGACGACUAUUACCCGAAGUAGCCCAUAAUUCCAACAUUAAAAUGUUGCUGAACGAUUGCGAUAUUAAAGGACCGAUGCAUUGCGCCCUGCUGCCGCUGUACCAUUGUUUGCACACACCCGGAGGACCUCUAAAAUAUUCCCUAGAAGGUCAUCAGUUUGCCGUGUUUUCCAUCUGUCUGACAUCCGAUUAUCGGUACGUAGUGUCAAUUUCGAAUAGGUUCAUAACGUGGGAUUUGUCCACCAGCGAUCUCACGCGAGAUGUCAAUCCCAAUAUCGAAGGUAUUAUGCAGCAUUUAGUUCUGAGCCCUGAUAACAAAUGGGCAGCAGCUUACACCAAUAAUAACCAGACAGUUUUACUGAACAUGCUCUCGAGCGAGUUUGUGUUAAUCGACAAUCCUUUGCCGGAAAAUCAAAGUGUUACCGGUAUAUUUCUACUGAACCACAAUCUAUUCAUUUACGGGAGUGAAAAUUGGAUAAAAUUCGAUAUGAGGGGUAAUCGACUGGAAGAGUACUCAGCUCCUCUGGAAAUGUCCGACUGGACUAUUCUGAGCAUCGAAUUCGAUAACAAAGAAGAGUAUAGGAUAAUUUUCUGGAAGGGUAGCUUGGAAGACACGAGAAUGUCACUGUUAGUACACAAAAAGACGGGCGAUUGCGAAUAUUUAAAUUUCCACAAUGCAAUAGUUUUAUCAAAAGACAAAAACACGCUCUAUGCAUGCUCAACUCCCGAUUCCUACGUUGUGUCCAAAUACAUGAUGAACGAUGAAGCAAACAAAUGGGAAAAAAUCUCAGAUUUACCCGCAGCGAACGAUGACGAUAAAGAAGAAAUGCUGCAAUUGAAAUUGGAUAAAGACGAUAAAGUUUUAUUUGGUACGACGAAUAACGGCUUCGUUUUGUGGCGAUUCGAUGAAGAAAACAGCAACACGGACGCCGUUUGUUUAGUUCUUCCGUACGGCACGAGAAAUAUUACUACGAAAAUGUUGCAAUCCAAUUCGAUUACAUUAAGCGCUCAUAAAAACUACGCCAUUGCCGGAGUCAGGAAAAACCUGUACGUUUGGAGCAUGCAAACGAGGAAGGUCGUGAAAAUCCUGGACGCCCAUUUCGGGCGCAUCAUCCAGCUGGAACCAUUGACAGUGGGCAAUUGGAAUUGCAUUGUGACCUCUUCCAUCGACAGAACAGCCAAAGUUUGGAACGUAAACAACAUCUUCGAAACCGUGCACGUAAUAGACAGGCACGAACUCCAAGUCGACUCCAUCAGUUUAUCAGAUAAUCUGAGUCUAGCCGUGACGGCGACCAGAAAUUGCGUGGGGGUUUGGGACCUGAGGCUCGGGAAAUUGAUGGCGAAACUGGCCGAUAGCCCUCUGGGCGCCAUCGUUACUCACGCGAUCAUCACUCCGGACGGAAAGUACAUAAUAUCGGCGGAGACUGGGAACAUACUCAUUUGGUUGAGAUUGACGCAGCAAGUGGUUUUCAAGGAGGAGCAGCCCGGCAUAAGGCAACUGACUCUUAUAGAAAACGGCGCGAAGAUCCUGUCCAUAUCGAAACCGAGCAAUCCGCCGGGAACGGAUUCCGCCAGGACGAUGGCGACAGUCUGCGUUCGAGAAGUACCGAGCGGCGAGUUAGUAUACAGCUUCGAAUACACCGUCCGCAGCAUCACUGGAGUGCCCUUCAGACCAGCCGUGGUCACUUCCGAUAACCAGUACAUAGUUGUUUCGGGUGCUGAUAAAACCAACAGAGAUUGCGUCGUUGUAUACAACGCCCAAACCGGCGCUUUGGUGCAUCGAAUAUCUUUAAGAAUGUGCGGAAUAAAGGAUGUGGCAGGUUUAGUGGCGAUGCCGCACAAAGGACACCUCAUUGCCGUCCUGGCUACAGACAAAGGGUCGAUAAUAGACAUUAAAUCGAAGAAGCAUUUGAGGACGGUGCCGAAAUGGGGAGGCAGUCUCACCAAAGACGGGAAAUACGGAUUGUACGCGCCGUCUAGAGGCGGUUUGGAGUUGAUCGAAUUGAAAAAAGGCACCACAGUGAGGACCUUCAUUCCUAAAGUAGCCGAAGGAGUUUUCUCGAUAAUAUGUUUGUUCAACAGUACGGAUGAGUACGUGCUGUAUUAUCACAGUGGCAGGAAGACGUUGAGAGUAUUUCGUACCGCAGACGCCGAAAUGGUAGCUAAUUACAGAGUUCAAGCCGAACUUACGGCUGUGGAAAGUACGCCGGAUGGGAAAGCUCUGGUAUUAGGAACUGUAGAUGGAUGUGUAUCCGUUUUAGCGAUUGUUGAUACUGAUAAGGGAGAAAUGAACCAGUAUUUGGCCGAUAUGCCAUCAAGAGAUCAGGAAUGGAAGAAAAAGGUGGACAAAAUGAAAGCCCAAACCAGAUUCAAAGCCGUUGGUUCAAUAGCAAGAUUAGCUACUACUUUCUCGAAUGAACUCAACAACAACUCAAACGAAAAUAAGAAGAAAUAAGAAAAAAAUAACAAAUGCUUGUAGUCCCUUACAGUACAUUCAAAACUCAUAAUUAUUUAUAGAUUAAUCUAUUUAUUGUAAUAAAACUGUGGAAGUUAAAAGGAGG